AUGUCGUUCUUUGGGAAGCAGUUUAAGAAAGUUAAGGCUGAAAAUGCAGCGGAGGAUUCGGAGGUCAUCAGAAAGCUAAAUCUAUCUGAACAAACCGCGGCCCUCCUCACCAAUCCUGACACCAUUUCCACCUACUCCAAAAACGCCGACGGUACCCUCCAGUACGUGGUCAAAAGUGGCUCCGGCGCCAUCAUUCUUGACCAGAAGAUCAUCCUUGCAGAACAUAGAGAUUUCAAAAGCCCUGAUGGCAAGAUGGACACUAAUGUGAAGUUUGUGUUAGACGGAGAUGUACUAAAAUCGCAUUACCAUUUGCCAAAUGGCAGUGUUGUGCAUAUGAACAGACAUUUUGACGCCAACGGCAUGAGAAUGGAAAUAUACGUAAAAGGUGUCGACGAAAAAGCUACAAUUUAUUACGAGGUUGUUUAA